AUGCAAGAUAAUUUAUAUAACCAAUCAAUUCCCAAUAAAGGCUCAUUUGAAGAGUAUAAUCAAAAUGACAACUCAUUCUUUUUUGAACCAAUUGACAAAUAUAUAGAUAGUUAUGGUAUCAUUAAUGACGAAUAUGUUCCAACUAACUCCACAAAUACAAAUAAUAACAGCGAUAGUUUACUGUUCCCAGUAUUCCUCGGUAGCCUUUCAAAUACCCCAAAAAAGACCCCAAAUGGACUAUCGAAAUAUUUACAAAGUAAUUCAAUUAUUCCAUCCCUACCAAUAAGCCAACCAAGUGAAGCAGAGCCAGUAUCCUCUCAAGUUGUACCCAAUACUUUAAACUCCUCCUCUGACUAUAUGUUACCCAUAUAUAACGACAUCCACAAUACCAACGAAACUCAAAUAAACACCAACAAUACAAGCAAUAAUAUACCCGAACCCAACUGUAAUAUUAAUGAAACUAAUAAAUAUAAUAACACUCAAACCAUACCGAUAAACACACAAAAUAAUAAAAAAAACGAAAAAAAAAAACCAACAAAACAAUUAAAUAAUACCCAAGGUACCAAUAGUAAUGUAAAUAAUACUCAACUAAAUAAUGAAAUAAAUGAAAUGAAUGAUAUUUCUUAUAAUGGAAAUACUCAACAAAAUAGUAAUAACUGUAUAAAUAAUAUUAAUAUCAAUAAUAAUAUAAAUAAUAACUAUGUAUACUCUUAUCAAAGCUCCCCAAACUAUAGUAAUGUUACAAUUCAAGAACAAGAGAAAAUGCAACUCACCAGUAAUUGUUUUAAUCUAAUUCAAUAUUGCAAUCAACUUUCUUAUAUCACCAAACAAGCAUAUAACAAUCCCUAUGUAGUUCCUGAAGAAUUAAAUGCUUUAUCAACUUUGGGAAACUAUAUUCAAUACGAAAUUUCUGCCAUUAAGUCAUCUUUAAUAAAAAGACCACUAAAAGAUACUCAAAAAAUAUAUUCAAAUACCACAAUGAACUCCCCAAGAAACAAUUAUGACCAGUCAAUGUUGGUUCCAUCCUCAUAUGGUAAUUCACCAUUACCUAGCAACAGUGGAUACUACUCACCUAUACCAGAUCAAAACAAUUCAUCUAAUGUUUUCUCAAGUGCCAUCUCAUCUCCAUUUCCAUCAAAUAGCCCACCAAACAUUAGUGGUAAGGUUGUAAAAAAAAACCAAAUUAAAACCUUUAAACAAUCACCUACAUAUAUUAACUUGACCGAAAAUAUGAUUCGUGCACAAACGAAAAAAAAUAAAAAAUCAUCAAAUAGAACCUGUGUAAAUUGCAAAACAAGUGAUACCCCUGAAUGGAGAAGAGGGCCACAAGGUGCAAAAACCUUAUGUAAUGCUUGUGGAAUUAGAUAUAGAUUACAACAACAACAACAACAAGGUAAUGAAGAUUAUAACAUUAAAAAAGAAAACUGUAUACAAACAAACAAUGUAAUAACUACUCAACAAAAUAAUAAUUUUGGUGAUCAAUUUAUUAAUUCCAAAUAA